UUUUCUGUGUGAUAUUUCGAUUUGCGAUUCUACGUUAGCAAUAAUUUUAUUUUAUCUCCUAAAUAGAUAGAAAUAUUUUUAAUUAUUUUUAACCGAGUCUAUUUUAAUUUAGGUUGGUGCUUCUUCAAGCUUGAAGUAAGGUGUCAAAUAUGUCAGCUGUUUAAUUUUUCCUUCCAUAUUUUAUUGACGGUUGUUGAUAGUUUACUAAAUAAACUUUUUUUACUGAAAUAGUUUUAAUGGUAGUUUUGAAUAUUUAAGAUGCCGUUGGCUAAUUCUGUUGAGCCAUGGAAAAUUCAACACGCCGAUACCGAGCACUUGGAGUAUCCAGAUCCUUAAGAAUUCUGUCUUCUCAAUCUGGCGAUGGGGAAGAGGCAGGCACAUCUGAAGAUGUGCCAGGAACAUCAGCUGAAGGGGAACAUGAAAUUGAACUGGGCGAGGUUGUUAGAAAUGGACACGAUAAGGCAGAUCCAUCCCAGUUUGAUUUGCUCAAAGUGCUCGGGGAGGGAUCUUUUGGAAAAGUAUUUCUUGUCCGUAAGAUAGUUGGGAGUGAUGCAGGAGCGCUGUACGCCAUGAAAGUAUUGAAGAAAGCCACAUUAAAGGUUAGAGACAGGUAUCGUACAAAAAUGGAACGAAACAUUCUAGUCGAGGUGGAGCAUCCCUUCAUUAUAAAGCUACAUUACGCUUUCCAAACAGCCGGAAAACUCUACCUUAUUUUAGAUUUCCUUCGAGGUGGCGAUCUAUUUUCCCGACUAAGCAGAGAAGUUAUGUUCACAGAGGAGGACGUUAAGUUCUAUCUAGCCGAACUAGCUCUAGCGCUAAACCACCUGCACUCGGUGGGGAUAAUCUACAGGGACCUAAAGCCGGAAAAUAUUUUACUGGACGCUGAAGGUCACAUCGCUUUGACCGAUUUCGGUCUGUCAAAGUUGCCCUUGGACGAGGGCAAAGCUUAUAGUUUUUGCGGCACUGUUGAAUAUAUGGCACCCGAAGUUGUUAAUAGGAAAGGGCAUUCCUUCGCUGCCGAUUGGUGGUCUUUUGGCGUUUUAAUGUACGAAAUGCUAACCGGGACGCUUCCCUUUCAAGGCCAAAACAGAAAAGAUACCAUGACGCAAAUUUUAAAGGCGAAAUUGGGCAUGCCCUCGCACCUGAGUCCCGAGGCUCAGAGUCUACUCAGAGCUUUGUUUAAAAGAAAUCCAGCAAACAGGCUAGGUGCUGGAACGGGGGGCGCCGAAGACCUGAAAAAACACGAAUUUUUUGCCACCAUAGAUUUUGAGGCUGUGCUCGGCAAGAAAAUUCGUCCUCCCCUGAGGCCGGUGUGCGGUCCUGAAGACGCUUACUUCGAUCCAGAAUAUACAAGCAGGACGCCAAAGGAUUCCCCGGGGGUGCCGGCCAGUGCCAACGCUCAUGAACUCUUUAGAGGUUUUAGUUUCGUUGCUCCGUGUUUAUUAGAAAACGGGACGACGGUUUACAAAAAGUAUAUGGAGGCGCCUAUGAAGUCUUUCAGGCCGCAGGAGCGUAACUUUUUCGACGAGUACGUUUUGCAGGAAAUUUUAGGUGCCGGCAGUUACAGCGUGUGCAAAUUGGCCAGGCACAAACCGACAGGUCAGCAGUACGCGGUAAAGAUAAUAAACAAAGAGCUCUGCGACUGUCGCGAAGAAAUAGAAAUCCUUCUAAGAUACGGUCAGUAUCCAGGCAUUGUAAAUUUGAAAUCCGUAUAUGAUGAACCGACAAAAAUUUAUCUAGUAAUGCAACUGCUUAAAGGCGGUGAUCUUUUAGAUUAUAUGAUGUCUAAGGUUAAGUUAACUGAACAGGAAUCGGCGGUGAUAUUGAAAAGCCUUGCCACGACAGUGGCGUACCUGCACGAGAACGGAGUUGUACAUAGGGAUUUGAAGCCUACAAAUAUUUUAUUUUUAAGCGAAACCGGUCGUCCUGACGGUAUCAAAAUCUGUGAUAUGGGAUUUGCCAAACAGCUUAGAGCUGAUAAUGGAUUGCUUAUGACGCCUUGUUAUACAGCAAACUACGUAGCACCAGAAGUUUUAAAGCGCCAAGGAUAUGACGCUGCUUGUGAUAUUUGGUCUUUAGGCAUCAUCUUGUACAUUAUGUUAUCCGGACACUGUCCGUUUAGUCAUAAGGCCGACGAUAGUCCCCAAACAGUCCUACAAAGGAUAAGUUCAGGCAGACUGGACCUGCACGGUAAGCAAUGGGUGGGUGUUUCCAAUGACGCGAAGAUGCUGGUGACUGAUAUGUUGCACAUAGCUCCCCAAAGACGGCCUACAGCAGCGCAGCUCGCGAAGCAUCCCUGGAUUAAUGCUCAAGCUGAGAUGUACUAUGCUCAACAGGGCUCAACUCAACACCAGAACACGAUCAACGUAGUCCCUUCUACGCCUCAACCUCAGCCUCAAAGCCACGAACAAAAACCAGAAUCUACCGGCGUACACCUAAAAGAAACGGUAGCAGCCACUUUUCGGGCCAUAGCAACAUCACCCUUAGUCGCCGAUUUAGGUCCAGUGGCCAUGUCCGAGCUUGCCAGGAGACGGUUUAGGGACAAGGCGGCCCAAAGAGCCCAACAAGCAUCGUCGUAACCCUGUCAAUGUCAAUCGAGACGCCUGGAGAAGCAUCGUUGAACUAAUCGAGGUUUGAAUUCAAAUUGUCAAGGCAAAGCGCAUUCUAAAUAAGUGUACAACAAGGUUUGUUGUGUACUGAGGUGAUCCUAAUCGAUAUUUUGCAUUUAAUUAUGUCGGAGAAUGAGUCGUUUGACGUGUUUUUGAUGUGUGUGAGGGUUGUGGUCAGGUAAAUUAUUCUUGUUGAGUAAUGGGUGUUGUCAAUCGAGAAAUGCUUAUUCUGUAUAUUUAGUCUUUAAUAUUGUAUUUGGUGUUGAUUGGUUGAUCGUCAAAAUUUGUUAAACUUUGUCGGCUUUAUCCAAAAUAGUUUAUUUAUAAAAUGGUCACUGAUCAGCGAGUAUUCUUUGCAAUAUGGUUCUUAUCGGAUAUUUUUAAAGACUAAUAUAGGACAUACUGUAUAUUGCAUAAAGUAUUUACUAAAGGUAGAUUUUCAGGCGUCUGUUAUCCCGUUGAAGGUUGGAAUCUUUGGAGUUACAACAGCAAAAUAAAACAAUAAUUCACCACAAUACACCGAAACACUUUUAAACAUUGGACGCGGGUUUCGCUAACCAUCUUAGGGCAUAAUCACCAGAUGAUUUCAACUAAACUAAUAUCUAGUAAUUUAUUUAUUAUCUACUAAUUAGUUUUAUUGGUUGAAUUUAAGGACUUCGAUUAGUUAGAAAACUCGGUAGUUUUUAAUUUUAUUGCAUUUUCGUGUGUUCGUUUAUCGGAUAAUAUUAAUUGCUCGUGAUUGGUCAAAAAUAUUUAACAAUGAUAAUUCACAAAACAAUUCCAAUUAUCAUUUUUUGUUUUUAUUUUCGUAAAGGUUUGUGUGAGUGUUACUUAUCAUAUCAACCUAUGACGGAUGCAUGAAAAUCCACUGCUGGCAAUGUUGCCAAAUAUAUUCACAGAUAAGUGACCAGUUUUAAUUAUUCCGUAUUUCUCUCCAUUUGGCUGUUCCUUUUAGAGAAAACGUGUUUUUUCAAAUACCCCCUUCCAUAAACUGAAAUAAUAAUAGAGAUAUUUUUGUUAUUUGAUAUUUGUAAAAAAAUAUACAUUACCUUGCGUAAAUAAAAAAAACAUUACGCUUAGAUAAACAGUCUUGUUGAACCUUAGAUUAGUAUUUAUUUCCUAUAAAAAAUAAAAAAUCAAUUAAAGGGCAUAGUAUAUUUAACCCUAACGUCUGUAGUAGAGAGACGGUCCCUUUGAGCUUAAAACGAGGUCGAGGUGUUACAUUCAUAUCGAAACAAUCAGUAGUUAAUGUUAAAAAUAGUUAUAAAAUCUCAUAAAUACGUAUAAAAGUUAGAGCUGGAUUUAUAAACUCUGAUAAAAAAACUUGAUUCGCUGUUUAUGUCAAUUUUUUUGACCGUCAACUGAAAGAAUAGAAUAAACAAUCAGCGAUGGCUAUGAAAUGAAGAUCGUUAUUUUAUAUGUAAAAUUAUAUACGCCAACUGGACGCCGUUUUUUUUUCGAUCAUACGGUAUAUUGUUUUAUUAGGAGUAAAAAUGAUACUUUUUUUGGUGAGGCUGUGCGUUGACGAGACAGGCGAGCCACAAAAAGUAAUUUUUGCUCC